AUGAAGCCAGGUGCCGAGGUCAACGACGAGGGCGAGGGCGAGGAGGAUGGCGAGGGACAGGAUCAUCAUGAGGGUGAUCCCCGACCGCUGCCUUACGACUUUGAAAAGGAGCUUAUCGAGAAGUCCAAUCGUCACAUCAGACUGUACGAUGCCUUUGUGCCAGUGGGUCAAGUUUAUCCCUUAACUCGGAAGUUCUACGCCCAAUUUGAGCAACGUCAGCCAGCAAAUCCGUUGAGCUACCUGCCCAACACCUGGCCGGAGAAGCAGCUGGAGCGACAGCGUCAGCUGGCCAGAGGUGUGCCCCUCCUGGAGUCACAGGUGUAUGGAUGGCUGCCACUUCCUUGUCGUGAUCGUGCCGCCGAUUUGAAUUUUCUUCACGCGCCCAAACUGCGUUGCGGAAUGACUGUGCAUGGCGAGCGUUUGAUGGCGGAAAGGAUUACGGAGCGGCCACCGUUCAACGGACUCCGGUUCCUGCUCCAUUAA